AGGACAGCCAGCCCGCAGUACGCAUGCGCCGACAGCCAGCUGACGAAAUGAGGAAGAAGGAUUUUUCUGACGACAGUUAGGAGAUCGUCGUCACAAUGGCGGCUUUAAUCCGCGACGUCGUUUCCCCGCCAACCGCACCAACACCGCCAGCGCCCUCGCCUGCUGCUCCUCCUGGACCAGGAGCAGGAGCCACAGUGGUUCGCGGCAAAAAGCGUCCCUCUAGCCCUGGGAACGGCAGCUCCGCUAAGAAGAAACGGCUGGCGACGCCGGGUGGCGGCGGAGGAAGUUGUUCGCAGAGUGCCGGUUCAGAGACUGUGAAUGAAAAUAAAACUGUGACCACAGAUCCCAGCACAGGGCCAGUAGAAACGUCUAUCAAGCCAUUGCCUUUUAAGGCUCCAAGCUUCAUUCACUCUGGCAUUGGUGGAGCUGCAGCUGGCAAGAAGAACAGAACCUGGAAGAACCUGAAACAAAUCCUUGCAUCAGAAAGGGCAUUGCCAUGGCAACUGAAUGAUCCAAGCUAUUUCAGUAUUGAUGCUCCUCCUUCCUUUAAACCAGUCAAGAAGUACUCUGAUAUUUCAGGACUUCCCGCAAACUAUACUGAUCCACAAAGCAAACUGAGAUUUAGUACUAUUGAGGAAUUUGCCUACAUUCGGAUGCUUCCUUCUGAUGUUGUUACGGGUUACCUCACUCUAAGGAAAGCAACAACUGUUGUUCCCUGAGAAGUGGAAAGAAAGCCAAACCCUUGUUUGAAAGGCUGACUGUGAAAAUCAUUGUGCAUGUGUGUGUAUAUAAUAGGCUAAAGUUUUUAGAAUUAAAAUAUGGAUUCCAGUUACUGAUUUAA